CUUCGAAGCUUUGGCCUGGGGAAGUUGAGCUUGGAGCCUUGCAUCCUGCAGGGUCUGACUUCCAUCAAAACAGAGCUGCUGCAACUUUACAAGGAGUCUGGUGUCAUCGGUGUGGACCUGGCACCAUUGAUCAGAAACGCUGUGUCAAACGUCAUCUGCUCACUGAUCCUAGGACAGCGCUUCGAUUACAAAGACUGCGAGUUCGGCAACAUGCUGAGCCUUAUGGAUCGUGGGCUGGAAAUCUCUGUGAACAGUGCUGCAGUCCUCAUCAACAUCUUCCCACUGCUGUACUACCUGCCUUUUGGGGUGUUUAAAGAGUUACGGCAGGUGGAGGGAGAAAUCACAGCGUUUCUGAAGAGAUUUAUCACAAAGCACAGAGAAACAUUAGAUCCCGACAACCCGAGGGAUCUUGUAGACAUGUACUUGAUCGAGAUGUUGGCCCAGCAAGCUGCCGGAGAGAAGGACAGCAGCUUCACCGAAGACUAUCUCUUUUAUAUAAUUGGAGAUCUCUUCAUUGCUGGCACUGACACCACCGCCAACUCAGUUUUGUGGGUUCUGCUCUACAUGGCCUUAUACCCUGAUACCCAAGACAGGGUCCAGGCAGAGAUUGAUGCAGUCGUGGGCACACAGCGGGACCUGUCUUUGACUGAUAAAGGGAGUUUGCCUUUUACUGAAGCCACCAUCAUGGAAGUGCAGAGACUGACUGUUGCAGUUCCUCUGGCUAUUCCUCACAUGGCCUCUGAGACAACAGAGUUCAGAGGCUACACUAUUCCUAAAGGAACAGUUAUUGUGCCCAACCUGUGGUCUGUCCAUAGAGAUCCCACUCUUUGGGAUGACCCAGACACUUUUAACCCAGAACGUUUCUUAGACGAUGAGGGAAAUUUGCUCAGGAAAGAGUGCUUUAUACCAUUCGGGAUUGGUCGCAGAGUGUGCAUGGGUGAACAGCUGGCGAAGAUGGAGCUGUUCCUGACGGUUUCCAGCUUACUGCAGGCUUUCAGAUUCAGACUCCCAGAGGGAACGCCUCUUCCUUCCCUGAAUGGGCGAUUUGGACUGACACUGGCACCCUGCCCGUACACUGUGUGUGUGAGCCCUCGUAGGUGAAACAGUAGGUUAUUUGGUUGAAACAGAUUUUCUGAAAACCAAGGACACUUACCUACCAAGAUGUGUUCAAAGGUCUGCUGCAGUUCGGAAAUCAGCACCAGUCACCAGCCAAAUGCUGGUAAAAUAUGCAAGUGGCUGCUAGAUUUGCUUCACUAACCAGCCAAAAAA